AUGCGGAACAACACACCCUCAGGGUUUCAACAAGCUCCACAUCAACCACCACCCCCAACUGAAAAGAAGUCAAACCUUGAGGAGCUGAUGACCAAAUUCAUUCAAACAUCAGAAUCUCGGUUUCAAUCCACCGAGACAACACUAAGAAAUCAACAAGCCUCUAUCCAUAAUCUAGAAAUUCAGUUGGGUCAAAUUUCUAGACUUCUCUCAGAAAGACCCCAAGGAAGCUUGCCUAGCAAUACUGAGACUAAUCCUAGGGAGCAGGUCAAUGCAAUAACAUUAAGGAGUGGCAGAACAUUACAAGAGAAGGGGAAGCAAGAAACAGAAAAAGAUGCAGUUGAAGAGGAGGAUAAAUGUCAAGAGGAGACUGUGGAAAAGCCCCCUGUAGUGAAAGAAUUCAUACCCCCACUUCCCUACCCAGCAAGAUUGAAGAAAGACAAGGAUGAUGAACAAUUUGGUAAAUUUCUGUCCUUAUUUUGUCAACUUCAUAUUAAUUUACCGUUUGUUGAUGCCUUGGCACAUAUGCCCAAGUACGCCAAAUUUCUGAAGGAUCUUCUGUCCAAUAAGAAGAAAUUGGAGGAGUUGGCCACAGUAACUCUGAAUGAAGAAUGCUCAGCAAUUCUGCAAAACAAGAUGCCCGAAAAAUUGAAGGAUCCAGGGAGUUUUACUCUUCCUUGUCUCAUUGGUAGAUUGAUAGUUGAUAAGGCUUUAGCUGAUUUAGGUGCUAGCAUUAAUUUGAUGCCAUAUUCUAUUUUUAAGAAAUUAGGUUUAGGGGAACCUAGGCCAACUAGGAUGAGUAUUCAAUUAGCUGAUAGGUCAAUUAAAUAUCCUAGGGGUAUCAUUGAGGAUGUGCUUGUAAAAGUGGACAAAUUUAUUUUUCUUGGUGAUUUUGUGAUUCUUGAUAUGGACGAGGACACUGAUGUCCCCUUGAUCUUAGGUCGUCCCUUUUUAGCUACUACAGGGGCUAUAAUUGAUGUGAGGGAUGGAAAAAGCUUAGUUCAUGAUAGAGGAAAAGAUGAUAUGAGCUUGGUAACUCAAGAACAGUGGUGUCAUUUAGAAGCCACUAAGCCAUUAUGGAGAAAGAGGGACUUCAAAGUUUUGGAGUGGAAAUCAGAGAAGCAACCCAAUCCAUCUAUUAAUGAACCACCAGAUGAAAAAUUGAAGGUUUCCUCUCCAAUUGAAUCCCAGAUUAGCUUUGCUUCUCACGACUCUUUGCUUACUUAUUUACUUUUCAGGGAAGUUUCAGUUGCACUCUAA